CCCCGCCCAGCUCCGUCUCCACCUAUCCACCACACCCCCACGACUCGGCCUCCCUUCUACGCGCCGCCCGGGCGUCCGAGGACUCACAGUCUCCCGCUUCCUCAACGAACCAUGCUAGGGACACGGACAGAGCAGGAAAGCAACGGGCAGAAGGCUCGGUCGCUCGAGACGCAGCGGUCGCGCAAAAUGGGAAGGCAAAGGAGGCGGCCGCAUUGGCAAAGUGGAGAAGUUGGGCUAUCGAACAUUCCGUACAUGCUCCGCCGCUCAACGCCUCGACUUUAAGAUCGGGAAGGUCAAGUCCACGCGGGCAAAAGAUUCCUCUCGUUGCCCUCAACACUUUUGCCUUGAGAACCCAACAACCACUGGACGACCUCCAGAGAACACACUCGCCGAGUAACAGCCACUUUCUAUACCCUCCGUCCGACGCCGAGGGAUCUGCGUCUUCGCCUGUCACAUCUCUCAGGGUCGCGUCUCCAAAUGUCACUGCCUCGCCAAUGCCGUCCUCACGAUUCGAUCCAUUAGAAAAUGAAGUCUACAACACAGAUUCUGUCCUUGCAUUGCACGACGUUGAGCUUGCUGUUGAUGAAGAAAUACUGGAACGUACAAAGCGUGUGCAGGCAGCCCUACCUCGUUAUGCGUCAAAUCGACCAAGAUUAUAUGAGACGCCAAAUCCAUUCGUUGGCAUCGCCCAUCGACUAGGCUCACGGCGAGUGCGACCAAUCGCACUAGAACUCAUACAAGCACUGGGCCAUCUGGUGGAUGCCGUAUGGCUAACUACUUACCCUGAUCGUCCAUGUCCUUGGAUAAUAGGCUUUGAUGAAUCACCGAUACAGUCAUCCAUCAAACGACUGAUCAUGGCUUGUCAAACGGCCGAUGCUUACCCAUCAGAUGUUGGAUGGAAGAGCCCGAUGAUUACCGCCGUCCAAGAAGGCAAACGUACAGGAUACGUGCCCACGACCAUAGCAGACAGCUACCUACAGUUCUGUGAGAAUGAAGUGGCGUACGCGAUUGGAGAUGUGGAUCAGGUGGUCGGAGUAAGAAAAGGUGCGGGAUAUAUUUUCGCAAGAGCGUUAGGAGCGGGUGAGUAUGGAGCACCGGUUAGGACCAAUGUGUUGGGCGUCAGCGGAGAAGGAGGAGGUAUGGCCAGAUUACUAAACGACCUUGAAGAAGCCAUAUGGGGCGAUGCGCCUCCGCGAGUAACUGAUCUAGCAUACGAGCUCCCUGGCGAUUUCGACCCUUAUGCCAUACCCGACGAAUCUGAGCUCAUCGUCGCUGCCGCUGCUGCCGGUGGAGGCUCCUCCGGUCACCUUACCGGACAUUCCUCCUCGCUCGCAGACUUUUUCAGUGGCGAACCAAAUACAGGUGUAGCUGCAGGUGCAAACGGCUAUUCGAUCCUAGCCUCUCGUCGUGAAAGUUCUCAAGAAACGGGAGAUACAUACGACUCCCUACCUGAUUUCGACAUGACUCCAUCUCUUUCUGACGUUACUCACAUUUCCACACCUGUGGAAACGGCGAAGAAUAAACUAUCAGGCGGGCUUUUACCAGGUAUAGAAAAUAUACGCGGGGCCGAGGGGAUGACUUUAGAAGAACUGGGGAGGAAAAGACAUCAAGAGUGGUUAGCUAAUCGAGCGGCGAUAUGGGAAUAGUAGAGCGAUAACGUGGGAAAUCUGAGGGUUGAUUGUCUUUAGCAUUUUUAGAUCUGUUCUUCACCAUCUUGGGCAGGGGAAUGAUUUCAUCAUCACGAUUAAUUAGGUUUCGAGUAUUCACAUUUGUGGGACCGCCGUGAGAUUGACACAUUUUUGACGUAAUAAGUGUUGUAUAUCUUAUAUAAGACAAUAAUGCACAUUUCACUUUGA